AUGGACGAUUCCGUGGUGGAAGCACCAGUCUGCACCCCGUCGGAGGAACAACCACCUUUGCAUGCACCAGGCGCUGUACCCAUGGACGGUGAACAGCAGCUGAGCCAGCACCACUCUCCCAUCGCCGGCGUGACGCCGCCUUCGGACUCCACAGCAGAAGAAGCGGUGAGCACCGAGAGACGGCGACCAGGUGGCGGCAGAAGAAGCGGCGAGCACCGAGAGACGGCGGCAUCGGCGGCGCCAGAAGAAGGGGCGAGCACCGAGAGACGGCGGCAUCGGCGGCGCCAGAAGAAGGGGCGAGCACCGAGAGACGGCGUCAGCGGCGGCGCCAGAAGAAGCGGCGAGCACCGAGAGACGGCGUCAGCGGCGGCGCCAGAAGAAGCGGCGAGCACCGAGAGACGGCGUCAGCGGCGGCGCCAGAAGAAGCGGCGAGUACCGAGAGACGGCGUCAGCGGCGGCGCCAGAAGAAGUGGCGAGCACCGAGAGACGGCGUCAGCGGCGGCGCCAGAAGAAGCGGUGAGCACCGAGAGACGGCGUCAGCGGCGGCGCCAGAAGAAGUGGCGAGCACCGAGAGACGGCGUCAGCGGCGGCGCCAGAAGAAGUGGCGAGCACCGAGAGACGGCGUCAGCGGCGGCGCCAGAAGCGGCGAGCACCGAGAGACGGCGUCAGCGGCGGCGCCAGAAGAAGCGGCGAGCACCGAGAGACGGCGUCAGCGGCGGCGCCAGAAGCGGCGAGCACCGAGAGACGGCGUCAGCGGCGGCGCCGGAAGAAGCGGCGAGCACCGAGAGACGGCGUCAGCGGCGGCGCCAGAAGAAGCGGCGAGCACCGAGAGACGGCGUCAGCGGCGGCGCCAGAAGAAGCGGCGAGCACCGAGAGACGGCGUCAGCGGCGGCGCCAGAAGAAGCGGCGAGCACCGAGAGACGGCGUCAGCGGCGGCGCCAGAAGCGGCGAGUACCGAGAGAUGGCGGCGGCGGCGGCAGAAGCAGCGAGCACCGAGAGACGGCGUCAGCGGCGGCGCCAGAAGAAGCGGCGAGCACCGAGAGACGGCGUCAGCGGCGGCGCCAGAAGAAGCGGCGAGCACCGAGAGACGGCGUCAGCGGCGGCGCCAGAAGCGGCGAGUACCGAGAGAUGGCGGCGGCGGCGGCAGAAGCAGCGAGCACCGAGAGACGGCGUCAGCGGCGGCGCCAGAAGAAGCAGCGAGCACCGAGAGACGGCGUCAGCGGCGGCGCCAGAAGAAGCGGCGAGCACCGAGAGACGGCGUCAGCGGCGGCGCCAGAAGAAGCGGCGAGCACCGAGAGACGGCGUCAGCGGCGGCGCCAGAAGCGGCGAGUACCGAGAGACGGCGUCAGCGGCGGCGCCAAAAGAAGCGGCGAGCACCGAGAGACGGCGUCAGCGGCGGCGCCAGAAGCGGCGAGCACCGAGAGACGGCGUCAGCGGCGGCGCCAGAAGAAGCGGCGAGCACCGAGAGACGGCGUCAGCGGCGGCGCCAGAAGAAGCGGCGAGCACCGAGAGACGGCGUCAGCGGCGGCGCCAGAAGAAGCGGCGAGCACCGAGAGACGGCGUCAGCGGCGGCGCCAGAAGAAGCGGCGAGCACCGAGAGACGGCGUCAGCGGCGGCGCCAGAAGCGGCGAGUACCGAGAGAUGGCGGCGGCGGCGGCAGAAGCAGCGAGCACCGAGAGACGGCGUCAGCGGCGGCGCCAGAAGAAGCGGCGAGCACCGAGAGACGGCGUCAGCGGCGGCGCCAGAAGAAGCGGCGAGCACCGAGAGACGGCGUCAGCGGCGGCGCCAGAAGCGGCGAGUACCGAGAGAUGGCGGCGGCGGCGGCAGAAGCAGCGAGCACCGAGAGACGGCGUCAGCGGCGGCGCCAGAAGAAGCAGCGAGCACCGAGAGACGGCGUCAGCGGCGGCGCCAGAAGAAGCGGCGAGCACCGAGAGACGGCGUCAGCGGCGGCGCCAGAAGAAGCGGCGAGCACCGAGAGACGGCGUCAGCGGCGGCGCCAGAAGAAGCGGCGAGCACCGAGAGACGGCGUCAGCGGCGGCGCCAGAAGAAGUGGCGAGCACCGAGAGACGGCGUCAGCGGCGGCGCCAGAAGAAGUGGCGAGCACCGAGAGACGGCGUCAGCGGCGGCGCCAGAAGAAGCGGCGAGCACCGAGAGACGGCGUCAGCGGCGGCGCCAGAAGAAGUGGCGAGCACCGAGAGACGGCGUCAGCGGCGGCGCCAGAAGAAGCGGCGAGCACCGAGAGACGGCGUCAGCGGCGGCGUCAGAAGAAGCGGCGAGCACCGAGAGACGGCGUCAGCGGCGGCGCCAGAAGAAGCGGCGAGCACCGAGAGACGGCGUCAGCGGCGGCGCCAGAAGAAGCGGCGAGCACCGAGAGACGGCGUCAGCGGCGGCGCCAGAAGCGGCGAGCACCGAGAGACGGCGUCAGCGGCGGCGCCAGAAGAAGCGGCGAGCACCGAGAGACAGCGUCAGCGGCGGCGCCAGAAGAAGCGGCGAGCACCGAGAGACGGCGUCAGCGGCGGCGCCAGAAGCGGCGAGUACCGAGAGAUGGCGUCAGCGGCGGCGCCAGAAGAAGCGGCGAGCACCGAGAGACGGCGUCAGCGGCGGCGCCAGAAGAAGCGGCGAGCACCGAGAGUCGGCGUCAGCGGCGGCGCCAGAAGCGGCGAGCACCGAGAGACGGCGUCAGCGGCGGCGCCAGAAGAAGUGGCGAGCACCGAGAGACGGCGUCAGCGGCGGCGCCAGAAGAAGUGGCGAGCACCGAGAGACGGCGUCAGCGGCGGCGCCAGAAGAAGCGGCGAGCACCGAGAGACGGCGUCAGCGGCGGCGCCAGAAGCGGCGAGCACCGAGAGACGGCGUCAGCGGCGGCGCCAGAAGAAGCGGCGAGCACCGAGAGACGGCGUCAGCGGCGGCGCCAGAAGAAGCGGCGAGCACCGAGAGACGGCGUCAGCGGCGGCGCCAGAAGCGGCGAGUACUGAGAGAUGGCGUCAGCGGCGGCGCCAGAAGAAGCGGCGAGCACCGAGAGACGGCGUCAGCGGCGGCGCCAGAAGAAGCGGCGAGCACCGAGAGACGGUGUCAGCGGCGGCGCCAGAAGAAGCGGCGAGCACCGAGAGACGGCGUCAGCGGCGGCGCCAGAAGAAGCGGCGAGCACCGAGAGACGGCGUCAGCGGCGGCGCCAGAAGAAGCGGCGAGCACCGAGAGACGGCGUCAGCGGCGGCGCCAGAAGAAGCGGCGAGCACCGAGAGACGGCGUCAGCGGCGGCGCCAGAAGAAGCGGCGAGCACCGAGAGACGGCGUCAGCGGCGGCGGCAGAAGAAGCGGCGAGCACCGAGAGACGGCGUCAGCGGCGGCGGCAGAAGAAGCAGCGUGCACCGACAGAUGGCGACCAGGCGGCGGCAGAAGAAGCGGCGAGCACCGACAGACGGCGACCAGGCGGCGGCAGAAGAAGCGGCGAGUACCGCGAGACGGCUACCAGGCGGCGGCAGAAGAAGCGGCGAGCACCGCGAGACGGCGACCAGGCGGCGGCAGAAGAAGCGGCGAGCACCGCGAGACGGCGACCAGGCGGCGGCAGAAGAAGCGGCGAGCACCGCGAGACGGCGACCAGGCGGCGGCAGAAAAAGCAGCGUGCACCGACAGGCGGCGGCAGAAGAAGCGGCGAGCACCGAGUGAUGGCGGCGGCGGCAGAAGAAGCGGCGAGCACCGAGAGACGGCGACCAGGCGGUGGCAGAAAAAGCAGCGUGCACCGACAGAUGGCGACCAGGCGGCGGCAGAAGAAGCGGCGAGCACCGAGAGACGGCGACCAGGCGGCGGCAGAAGAAGCGGCGAGUACCGAGUGAUGGCGGGAGCGGCAGCAGAAGCGGCGAGCACCGAGAGACGGCGCGGCGGCAGAAGAAGCGGCGAGCACCGAGAGACGGUGUCAGCGGCGGCGCCAGAAGAAGCGGCGAGCACCGAGAGACGGCGUCAGCGGCGGCGCCAGAAGAAGCGGCGAGCACCGAGAGACGGCGUCAGCGGCGGCGCCAGAAGAAGCGGCGAGCACCGAGAGACGGCGUCAGCGGCGGCGCCAGAAGAAGCGGCGAGCACCGAGAGACGGCGUCAGCGGCGGCGCCAGAAGAAGCGGCGAGCACCGAGAGACGGCGUCAGCGGCGGCGGCAGAAGAAGCGGCGAGCACCGAGAGACGGCGUCAGCGGCGGCGGCAGAAGAAGCAGCGUGCACCGACAGAUGGCGACCAGGCGGCGGCAGAAGAAGCGGCGAGCACCGACAGACGGCGACCAGGCGGCGGCAGAAGAAGCGGCGAGUACCGCGAGACGGCGACCAGGCGGCGGCAGAAGAAGCGGCGAGCACCGCGAGACGGCGACCAGGCGGCGGCAGAAGAAGCGGCGAGCACCGCGAGACGGCGACCAGGCGGCGGCAGAAGAAGCGGCGAGCACCGCGAGACGGCGACCAGGCGGCGGCAGAAAAAGCAGCGUGCACCGACAGGCGGCGGCAGAAGAAGCGGCGAGCACCGAGUGAUGGCGGCGGCGGCAGAAGAAGCGGCGAGCACCGAGAGACGGCGACCAGGCGGUGGCAGAAAAAGCAGCGUGCACCGACAGAUGGCGACCAGGCGGCGGCAGAAGAAGCGGCGAGCACCGAGAGACGGCGACCAGGCGGCGGCAGAAGAAGCGGCGAGUACCGAGUGAUGGCGGGAGCGGCAGCAGAAGCGGCGAGCACCGAGAGACGGCGUCAGCGGCGGCGCCAGAAGAAGCGGCGAGCACCGAGAGACGGCGUCAGCGGCGGCGCCAGAAGAAGCGGCGAGCACCGAGAGACGGCGUCAGCGGCGGCGGCAGAAGAAGCGGCGAGCACCGAGAGACGGCGUCAGCGGCGGCGGCAGAAGAAGCAGCGUGCACCGACAGAUGGCGACCAGGCGGCGGCAGAAGAAGCGGCGAGCACCGACAGACGGCGACCAGGCGGCGGCAGAAGAAGCGGCGAGUACCGCGAGACGGCGACCAGGCGGCGGCAGAAGAAGCGGCGAGCACCGCGAGACGGCGACCAGGCGGCGGCAGAAGAAGCGGCGAGCACCGCGAGACGGCGACCAGGCGGCGGCAGAAGAAGCGGCGAGCACCGCGAGACGGCGACCAGGCGGCGGCAGAAAAAGCAGCGUGCACCGACAGGCGGCGGCAGAAGAAGCGGCGAGCACCGAGUGAUGGCGGCGGCGGCAGAAGAAGCGGCGAGCACCGAGAGACGGCGACCAGGCGGUGGCAGAAAAAGCAGCGUGCACCGACAGAUGGCGACCAGGCGGCGGCAGAAGAAGCGGCGAGCACCGAGAGACGGCGACCAGGCGGCGGCAGAAGAAGCGGCGAGUACCGAGUGA